UGAGUAUCGGUAACGUAAGUUGUGGUAAGUAAAAGCAUUUUUUGUUUUUAAUUCAGAUCCAGAUACAUUUGGCAGUAUUGUGAUCGUAUCAUCGUUGUAUAUAUGAACUGUAAAUAAUUAUUUCAAAGGUACUAAAAGAUGAAUUCCAAAUUUGUUUUCACCAUUCAGAGACUUUUGUCUUCUACGCCAAGGUUUGAAGCCUGCAUUUACGCCUGUCAUGGUGGUUUUCAGACGAGAGGGAUGUCGACGAAUUCUCAACAGCUGAAUCCCAUGGAGGUACAUCAAGCUGUGAGCGAUCUGCCGAACACGAGAAAACAAAUUGACCCAGAAGCCUUUAAAAACGCUGUCAUCAGAUCGGGAAUAAACUUCUUCUGUGGUGUCCCUGAUUCUUUGUUAAAACAUUUCUGCGCUGUUGUAAGUCAAACCGUUAGUCCUGAUAAUCACAUCAUUACUGUUAAUGAAGGCUCAGCGGUUGCCAUGGCCACAGGAUACCAUCUUUCAACAGGGAAGUCUGCCAUGGUCUUUCUGCAGAACUCUGGCCUUGGCAACAUUGUGAACCCGAUGAUGUCACUGGCGUCUUCCGCGGUUUACAGCAUCCCGAUGUUGUUGCUGAUUGGCUGGCGAGGGCAGACUGGUGUCAAAGACGAACCUCAGCACAUGGCUCAGGGGCAGAUAACUCCUCAAAUGCUAGAAUUGAUGAACAUUCCUUGUGAAGUGUUACCUCAAGAUCUGGAGCAAGCUGAAGCUGUCUUGGACCGAGCUGCAACAUACAUGGCUGAAAAGAAAAGUGCUUACAGUAUUUUGGUGCAGGCUGAGACAUUUAGUUCUUACACGUUGAAGAAAGAGAAAAAUUUACAAUUUCCGAUGAUGCGAGAAGAAGCCCUCAAGGUGAUUGUUGACCGACUGGAAAGUGAUGAUAUAAUCGUCAGUUCCACGGGGAUGUUGUCACGUGAACUCUUUGAAUACAGAGCGAAGAAAGGUAGUGGACAUGCCAGGGACUUCCUCACGGUUGGAUCUAUGGGGUACGCUUCGUCCAUCGCCUUCAGUAUCGCCAAGCAGAAACCCGACAGAAAGGUAUUUUGUCUGGAUGGAGAUGGUGCCGCUCUUAUGCAUAUGGGUGCCAUGGCAACGAUUGGCCAGAGCCAUCAGACAAAUUUUAAGCAUAUAGUGUUCAACAACGGCGCGCACGAUUCGGUGGGGGGUCAGCCUACACUGUCAGGACCGAACAACACGUUCUCCUUCAGGAACAUUGCUCAGGCGUGUGGAUACAAACAGGCAUGGAUAACUACCACAGAACAUGAACUAGCUGAGUGCAUGGACCAGCUGGCCAGUGCGGAGGGGCCGGUCUUGCUACAAGUGGACAUCCGUCUCGGCCACCGGACAGAUCUAGGCCGGCCAACCAGGACGCCAGUUGAGAACAAAAACGACUUCAUGCAGUUUUUACAAAACGCGCGUAAUUAGCUUACUACGCCGUGAUCAUUACGUCUCAGAGCAUUUGAUGAUAAAUGCUGCUCCAUGACUUGUGGUGUAAGGGAGGCUGGAAGCAUUAUAAUUAUUCUUACAUACAUCAGUCCUUUUGCUUUGAAGCAAGUACCCGUUCUCUGUUGCGUUUGUCACUCAAACCGAUUUUUUGCAAUGGGUGGCAAAAAAAUGCUUGCGUUAUCACACCCGGUAUUGCUCAUUUAUUUUAGUGAUAAUUACUGUGAAUGUGACAUUGAAAGCAAUUGCUGUACUACAUCAUUUCAGGAUAGCAGUUUAUUACUCACCAUUAAUGUUAAAGCCAUGAACACUAAUACAUGUAUCACUGUGUGGUGCAUUUGUAGCCAUUGUUUUAGGAUAACUGGUUACUGCCUUAAGACAUCAGCUAUAUCUUGUAAAGUUUAGAAUGAUUAAUGCUGUAAGACUCUUGACGAGCAGCGUUUGUCAUUCAAUCUGAGCAGAAUAAAGCUGAUAUCUUAAGGCAGUAACUGGUUAUAUACCAUGAAAAAUACAAAAUGUUUUAAAGUGACAAAUUUGUCCCUCUGAAGUGUAACACCUUUUGAAGACUUAAAUGAAAGGACAUUUCACAAUACUAGAUGUCAGUUAAUGGUAUACUUUUUUAAAAUGUGUGUAAGACCAUAAAAUAAAUGCAAAAUGUUUAGUUGAAUUGUUUUCCACAUGGGGAUGGGGGGUGAUACUGGGGUUUUUGGGAAUCUGUUUUGGUC